AUGUUGAUGAUGGGAGUGUCCGAUGCCGUGAUGUGCCAAGCCUUCUACUCAACCCUUUCGGGCCGAGCGGUCGAAUGGUUCACAUCUUUGGAGCCCGGGUCCAUUGCGGAUUUCUGCGAACUAGCCCGAAAGUUUGUUCACCGCUUUGCUAUCUCGAAGGCGGCCAAAAAACAUUUCACCUCCUUAGAAAAGGACAAGCAACGUGAAGGUGAAUCCCUGACCUUGUUCAGCGAACGAUGGAAGGCGGGCAAGACAACUGCGAUCAACCUACUACUCUCUGCGCUACGAGCGGGAGCCUUGUAUCAGGACCUCAUUCUCAAGCAGCCGAACACUUAUGAAGAAGCCCUCAGGCGAAUGACCAACCACGCGAUAGCUGAUGAAGGCAACGCUGCCAAGCGCAUGCAAGAGAUUGGGCAAGCUCAGAGAGAUUUGCGGCGACAGCCCGACCAGAGAAGAAAGGACCAAGACAGGAACCCGAUCUACCCUAUCGAGACCGAUGGCGAAAUACUGGAGUAUGCCCAAUCAUGCAACAUGAUCCAGCUCCCGGCCCCGUCGAGGGAUGGCCUAGACAAAGAUAAAUAUUGUGCAUACCACAGGAACCGGGGCCACGAGACCGACGAGUGUCAUGUCUUGAAGGGAUUGAUUGAAGAUCUAUUGCGGUCGGGGGAACUGGCACAGUUCGCCGCCGAAAAGAAGAAAGGCCGGCGUCGGGGCUGGAAGAAAUACUUCAAAAAAUCUGACAAGGAGAAGAAGGACAAGGGGCUCGAACCUGACCAUGACCCUCCCCCUGCCGAAUCAAAACAAGUUAUCCACGUCAUCUUUGGAGGGCCGGAAGGAGGCGACGAUCCUGACCAACGCCGCGCCUGGUCGCGGGACAUGCCGGUAUGCUCGAUCAGCACCGACCAACCGGAAAAAAGACUGAAGGAAGAACCCAUUACUUUCACUGACCGAGACCUCUCUCCCGGGGGAGACCAGUCGACCGAAGCCUUGGUCGUCACAAUCGACAUAUGA